AUGUUCAAUGAGCAGUACUUCCCUCAGAGUUAUAGGGAGGAAAAAGCGCUGAAAUUCAUGUCUCUGCUGCAAGGUGACAUGUCUGUAAGGGAAUAUGAGGCCAAGUUUAAUGACCUAUCUCGGUUUGCGCCAUCACUAGUGAAGUCUGAACCCAUGAGGUGUCUUAAGUUUGAGAACGGUCUCAAGAAUUCUGUGAUGAGGUCAUUGGUGGCCUUAAGGAUUCGAAACUUUCGGGAUUUGGUAGCUACUGCUACGAGGGUGGAACAGGAUAACUUGGCCUAUCACCAAAGCAAAGAGGUAACUGGUCGAGUUUCUGUCUCUGGUAGACCUUCCGUUUCGGGUGGACCACAGCGGAGUGGUAGGAGAAACCGCAACCAGGGACAAACGGCUGGGGAAAUGACAAGUGGUGGCAGUAGUUCGUCCGGAAGUGACAGAAAUGCUCCAUACGGGCCUAGGUGUCACCAUUGUGGGCAGGUUCAUCUCGAAAGUACGCAAAGAGCCCAUUAA